GUUGUUGUUGUUGUUGUUUUUUAAGGCCUUGUGUGACAGCAUACACUCAGGCUAUGUUCAUACCUUAGCAUAUAGCUUUUUGUGUCAACACAAAAAGCUAUUCAGUGUAGUAUGGACAUCAAUGAUGCAGAAAUAGAGAAAGUUGUUUACCCACAUCAAACAUUGUGGAGGCCCUGCCAGGGGGGGAAGGUCCCACGUCGCUCAUCUGAAUUUUAAAACGUCUGGUGUCGGUGUUUAUAACUGCUUGUCGCUUAUUGUCGGCUUUGCCGUCACUGUCGCAAUUUGGCCGAGGGAGGUUGUCUCUUGUCGUGAUUUCAUUUUACGCACUGCUGCUACUUUUUGGGCCAUGUCGCUUGUCGGAAUUUACCCUGGCAGGGCCUGAUUGUGCCAGAGGGGUUGCCCAAGAGGGUUUGCUAAACUAAAUCCCAGUCCUCACUCCUGAAUAUUUACUUCCAUCUCAGUGGAUUCCAGUCCUCACUCCUAUUUAUUCACUUCCACUAUGGUCCUGCGAAUACCCAUUCACACUGUACCAUAGUGUGGCACAGAUCCUAUUGUGAUGCUCCACUUUCAAGGCUUUGCUCCAUCACAGAAAUCGUGCCAAAAUCGCCAUUCUUAUGUAUGAACAGAAGUCCCCUAUCUGGUCUGGUUUUCAUGCCAGCGCAAGAGCUAUCCAGCAUAAUGUGGACAUAGACCAACACAGGCUCAAGGGGCACGUGUCAUUGUUUGUACAACAAGUCUAGGUGUAUGUCCAAAGGAUUAGUAUUUAAAACUCACAGGACUUGUUGAUAAGUUCUUGUUUUGUUGCCUGAAAGUGAAGUCACUGCAUUAAUAAAUUUCAUUGCCCCUUUUUAUCCUGUAAGUGCUGAAAAUCCAUAAUGAUCCAUUACUUUCUUUUGCCAACAAAAAUUCAUGAAAAAUUAUUGAUUACUCCCCAAAAUUUUAUCUUCCCACGAACUUUCAGAUUCUGUGAAAUUCUUCUCUCAAAAAGACCUAAAUAUUAUCGUUUAUGGCUACCACUAUCUUUCAACCUACCAUACUUAUUACAGCAACCUAUUUUUUUUUUCAUGAGUGCAUGAUUUGACAGAGCUCAGCUAGAAGCCAUUAUCUCACUAUCAAGAUAUUAGAUUGAAGCAUAUCUUGUAUUUCAUACAUGACAUGAAAUGCAGCCACUAUCCUGAAUAUGGGUGAUGUUCUGGCCCCAGUUUAAGAGGGCCAUGGCAGGACUUCUGUUGUGUGCUAUGUCAUCAAAUAGUUCUCACAGAGUAUGUAGGUGGCUAUAAAUCUGGCAGCUGGCUUUAAAUCCUCAUAAUGAUUGUUAGGACCACCUAUUUUGUUCUUAUUAGACGGCUUGUGGAGAAGCUGGAGAAUAUGUGCAACAAUGCCAUUGGAGAUGGGAAAGAGACUUGUCUUCUCUGUAAUUCCAAGUUUGGAACCUUAAAAGUUGUUGCAAAGAAAUGUGAUAUAUGUGGGAAGGUAUGCUUCUAAAAUACAUAAAAUGUAUUUCUUUCAGUAAGCACGUUUGCUUUUAGGGUUAGGUUGCCUAGCAUGAGAUUUUUGCCUGAGAGUGCAACAAUUUUGUGCAGAGAUUUCUGGAGAUGUUCUAAAGAUUCCUGAAUACAUGCCAUUAGGUUUAAUUGAAAAGUUUGUAAGAAAAAGGUAAAGAAAUAAUGCCAUUCUAAGUGGAGAUUUGGGAAAAUAUGAUUAUCCACCUUUGGUUCCAUUUUGCUUUGCAAUUUGUUAUUGUAAGUUAUUUUUGUUAAUAAAUAUUAUUAUUAUUUUUAUUAUUAUUAUUAGUUGAUUUUAUUUAUUUAUUAAUUUAUUGAUAACCUCUAACUCCUACCAAGAUAUGGCAGAACGAUUUGUCACUCUUGAUUCUAAAGACUAAUAGUUUGGAAGAAAUCUUAUGGUGUUGCCAUUGAUAUAAAACCUCUUUGACAGAAAGUUUGCAUUGGGAAAAAUCAGACCCAAAAAUGCUAUAAAUAUUUAUGGUACAAGAUUUACAAAUUUCAAACAAAAGCAAAGGUACCCAUGUAUGAAAAGUCAAACUACCACAUUACACCCUAACCUUCUACCCCUCCCCAUCCCUAGCCACACCCAUCCCAUCCCAUCCCCUCCCUUCAACACUAUCUAUAAAUUAACAAAAAAUUGGUUGUAACUUUUCAGUUUUGGUGUUUUUUCUUGUUGUAAGGGCUUGGGAAUAGUUGUUUUUAUGGAAAAUGGUACAAAAGCCUUGGCUUUUUCAUCUGUAGAGGAAGGGGUGCAAAUAGUAUCUAUCAUAAGAAUGAUUUGAGAACAAAAUAUUAUAGUGAUAAUAUUUAGUAUUAAAAAACAGUUUUUAUCAAAUUUUUACUGUUAACCCUGCAAUGUAUUUCUUAGCUUGCUUUCCUAACAUUACUUUCGGUUUCAGAAUGUUUGUCAAAAGUGUGGCUUAGAUACGCAAAACAGUCUUGGUGAAACCAUUUGGUUGUGUAGGCUGUGCAGUGAACAAAGAGAGGUAAUAUAAAAUGGCAGUGAAAUGAAAUAUUGGUUGAAUUAAUAGCUACAUGUAAUAACUAGAUGGGUGGCUUAGUUGUUUUGUAAAAAAAAAAUGGUGGAAAAAUGGCAAGAAUUAUUACAAAAAUUACCUGAAGGAUGACAACUACUUUUUGGAGUACAUUGUCUGCAAUAAAAAGCAUCCGUUCAUAUCCUUAAACUGCGUAGCAACAGGCAAACAUUUUGCAGACAAGAAUUUUACAUAGAGGCCAUACAGGUAUAGCCUUCGUCGCAGACGUAAUUUAACCAGGUUAGUAACGUCUGUGAAGCAGUGCUGUGAUCCUUGUUCUGGGCUCCCAACAGACUCAAUGAAUUGCUGGAAAUACAUUAUGGAUGCUAUGAGACUGGAAAUACUAUUAAUGAGCGAUAAAAUAAUUAUACCGAUAAUGGUUGAAUUUUGCUUUGUUAAUAUCUUAAGAUCCUAGAGGGAGAUUUCUGCUCCAGCUUCAGUUAUUUUGUUUUUAUCUGUAGCUAUGGAAGCGAACUGGAGCAUGGUUCUUUAAAGCAAUUCCUCAUCAUACUUAUCCUGGGAGACAGCAAAGAAACUCAUCAGCUGAAACGAGGGUGAGUUUUAUUUAUUUUUUUUAUUUUUUUAAUUUGAAGCCUUAUUUUGGUUAAGAACUUAAUAAUUUGUCCAAAAAUUGUAGUUAUGAUUAUUAAGUCAUAAAUAUCAAAAUCAAACUGAAUAGUUUAUUAUCAAUUAAUGACCGUGGUUGAAAUUGAUUAUAAAUAUAUUAUUAUACUGCUUAUUAACCUUGUCCGUUUGGUCACUACAGGGAAAUCUCAUACCGAGGCCUUCAGUCCAUCAAGGUGAUCGAGGUCUGAGAUUUCCCUGUAUAUAUAAUGACAGAACGAACAAUGUUAAAAAGCUAUUUAUUAUAUGGCCUGAAAUUUUGGACCUGAGCCACUGAUAACUGGUCAGCAGGUAACUUGAAAGGAAAGAAUGUCACCUCACUGAGUUGUACACUUGAGCCAGCAAGAUGUUCAUGUGGCACUAGUCAGUGGAUACCUUUUUUGACAGCUGUCAAUUGACCAUAAUGUGGAAGCCCAUUAUCAAGUUAAACACAGAUUGUAUAUGCCCUGGACACCUAGCUAGUAAUGGUCAAGAGGAAAGAAAAGAAAAUCUUGCCUGCUUAGCAGACUAUCAUAGCGUGCAUACUAUUGUAGCCAUAUAAUAUUGUCCAUUUUAGUCACAUUUAAUUGGCUUACAAUAAGGCUGUGCUCCUAUAAAAAUGGAAAGGAGACAAAAAACCUGUAAAUAUUAUGAAAUCCAGCAUGCCCAACACAUUUAAACCGUGUGCAGAACUGUGUCACCCAAAGGUAAAAUUAGCAUUUCCAGGGUUCCCCAGGUACUGCUUGUGUGCAACCCCCUCCAAGGCCAGCUGACUCAACUAGUGAAACAACAUACCCACCUAAAAUAGCACGUUCAUGAUGUCUCUGAGCCUGCUCUGCACUAAAAGGUGUUUUAAAAUUGUUCUGUUAUAUUGCAUUUUGAUCUAUGCCUCCAGUUCAUCAGCUGUUGAUUAGAGUGCUAAUUUAUUUAUUAGCCACUGCCAAGUUACAGUGUGACCGGGAAAUCUGUGAGCACUUGAAAUAUCUCAGGAAUGCUUAUUGCAUGUGUUAUGACCAAUCACAGCAGUAAGAUCCAGACACGUGAACUGGCCACAAAACCACAAACUAAUUAAUGACCUUUCUUGCGGUUUAGUUUUCUCAUGCCUGAUUGGCUUUUUUCUUGAAAGGCAGUAACAUUCCAGAAAUAUUUCUGGUGUUCAUGGUUUUCCCGGUUUGACUGUAAGAAGUGUCUUAAGAAUAAAGGGAAGAAUUAUAUAAGAAAAAAGGGGAAUCUCAUUGAACUAAUUGGUAUUAGAAGACAUUCUAUCACACUGGUGGCAUUUUCUAGGGAAGGGAUCUAAGCAGAAGAUCAUAUUUUUUAUUAACCUUUUUAUCUGUCCUUAUAUUUUGAUUCACUACAGGAGACAAGUGGUUCCAACAGCUCAGACCAACUUAUUUUGCCACCACCAAACAGAUAUAACAAAACAUGGACAAUGUACUCUAAAUCAAAAGGUGAUUAACUCUACCUUAUGUAUUGUACUGGUAUAUUUUUUAUUAAUUUUUAGGUGCUCUAGUCAUUAAGAUACUCAAUUGCCUGUGCUAUGAUAUAUGGUGUGAUAUGGUGAUUUUUGAAGAGCCCAAACUGUCUUUCAUUGUAGUAGACUGGUAGCUGAUUUUAUAUAAUAAUUUAGGCCAAAUAAUUUUUAGGAAUGAACUAAUGUGUAUAAUUUUUUUGGCUCACCUUUUUGCAGACAAUUUGCAGGAUGGGGAUGUUAGAGCAGAAAGUCCAUUGGAAAGUGAAGAAUCAAGUAGCUCAGAUGAAAUGAUUUUUGAUAGUCCCAGAAAACCUUCAAGUUCAAGCAGAGAAAGAUCAUCUACAACUGAUGAACCAUCACUUAGUCCGUACACGGGUCGCUUGUCCGAGGUUUCGAUGCCAGGCAGUGACAUACUGGAAAAUAUGGACACACCCCCUCCAUUCCGUAAGAGAACUCUUCUAGUGACACCUGAAGAGAGAGAACGUCGACCUAGUAAUGUGAGUCUCAACCAAAGUGAACUUCAAGCUGUGAAUGGCCAGGACGGUAAAUAUGUUGUUUCCUCAUUAUAAUGCUAUAUUCUUUGAAAAAUUAUAGGUAUACUGGUAAUUCUUCAUGCCUGUCCAUGAGUGCACUUAAGAGGAGAUUUAUCAUAUUGAUUGACCAGAUGAGAAAUGUGAACAUUCCCCUUUUUCAUAUACAUGUAUUAUUGGACAACGUUAUUGUGUCAGUGGAAUGAAAGGGUCAGGAAGAUGGUCAAGAGGGGAGUUCCCCAUUAAAUGUAAGAGGCUAUCGCACCAAGAAAAGUUUUUGGUAAUUGAAUGAUAUUAACAAUCUUCCCGCAGUCUUACUACACUCAUGAGAUUUCCUUGUUAUUAAUUUUAGCAGUUCUCAAAUUGUGCGAUCCCCUUAUUUGGCAGCACACAUGGUGUUACACUGAAUAUUUUGCUAUUUGCCACCUUUUGUACAUGGAAAACUGCAAUUUCAUGUAACUUAAGUUCGUUAGAUGAAACAAAACAUUGCAUAUCUAAACAUCAAUGAUUAUGUUUAAAUGCUUAGCUGUCCAGUCAAGUGUAGUGGUGUAUUUUUUUUAUUGAAAUAAUAAUUAAUUUUAUUGAUGCAUUCCUUAGUACCAGAUGGUAAACCCGUAAGAGGGCUGUCUCCCAAAGCAGAACAACGCAAUUUAGUUACGCAACAACACAACAAAGUUACAGAGAAUGAAAUUAAACGGGAAGUGCGCAAGGCAUUUAUAAAGAAGCAAGAUACAGAAGAGGAAGACAUUGAUGAGUUGGUUAGAACAUUCAAGGAAUCUGAGGCUGCUGUCCCAAAGGAUUCUGGUGACCAAGGUAUGUGACUUUCUUAAGGCAAGCUUAGUGAAAGAACACAGAAAAUGACCAUCAGUUCACUCCUUCCAAGGCUAGGCUCUAGAAGUGCAUGGUGGCGCCUGGCACUUCACUUUUGCUCAUGGAAAACUUGGAAAUCUUAGCUUUUUCAUAAACUUUUAUGCUUGACACCCAGGAUUUCACAGGUUCCAAGCAAUGGGCUUCAAUUUUUUGUAGAGCAGAGCCUUGUAUACCUUCUAGUUUUUGUUGAAGGAAAUUUAUGUACAUUAUUGGAAUCCAGAGCCAUAACCAGUCCGUUGUCUUUUGGCAGGACUAGGAACCAUAGAGUUUAGUGUUCAUUAUGACAAGCAACACAGUCAGCUGCAGGUCAAAGUAGAGUGUGCAAAGGUGAGCUUAAAAGAUUAAAAUAUUACAGAAGUAACAGUGGCCUCAGGUGAUCAGGGUUGAAGAUGGAUGACGUGCCCAACUAAUAAUUAUAAGGAGCAGUUAAAGUUGGCGGAGCUUGAUAUAAGACUAAAAUGUACAAGGAUGUUAGGGAACUGGCUGAAAACAAGGCUUUUGACAGGAGCCAAUGAAUCGGCUCCUGGUUUGUGGUCACUGGCACUCAGGUCUAGAUCUAGUUUUAAAAACAUUAAAAUAAUGUAACUGUGUGUUCACACUAUCAGGCAAAUUGAGAGCAACAAAGCUAGCUUCUAGAGAGAAAGAGGGAUCCUCCUUUGGACAAUUUAUGAAAAUGUUUCCUCUAAAUCACUGUUUUCAGCCUCCUGAGAUUAGUCAGGGAAGCAUGGGUACAUUCAGCUUAUGUUAAAGUCGUGAAAAGUUUCAUGCUUUAAUAAUAAUUGAUUAAAAAAUAACUGAAACAUUACAAUUGGAAAAUUUACUGCGACAACCACAGUUCAAAAAUGAAUUUUUUCAUAUACUUCACAUCAUGAAACAUUAGAGUGACUCACAACAAAGGGCAGGCAUCACAAGGCACACAUUAAAGGACAUUGCAUCUGGCCCUCUGCCUUAAACACAGAACCCUGGAGAAGAAGAUCUCUUGAGUGUAACUUUUAGUUGUUGUAUUAUUUGGUAAUGUAAAUAACUCUUUUCAUUUUCAGGGCUUGAAAGCCAUGGAUCACAGUGGAACCUCAGAUCCUUAUGUUAAACUACACCUUCUUCCUGGUGCUAGCAAGGUUUGUAUAAUGUGAAUUCUGAUUUACAUCGUGACAGUCUAUGCAUAGUAUUGUCAACUGGUCAUUAAAAUUAACUCUCAGUGUUUUUUUUCUCAUUCUCUUGUUAAAAAUAAUAAUUGUUUUUGACCAGAGUAAUAAGAUGAGGACUCAUACGAAGUACAAGACUUUAAACCCAAAGUUUGAUGAAACCCUGGUGUACCAUGGAAUCACAGAUGACGACAUGUCGAAGAAAUCACUCAGGUAAUGAUUAUAUACAGCCUCUAAUUCAAAUAUCUUAGAGCCAUGAGUUAAUGUACUUAAAAGUAACCCCAGAGUCAAGAGCUGUACUCCUUAUAUGAUUUUUUCCCCUUAUAAGAUGUACAAAGAAAUAGGACAGGAAAAAUGGACGCGCAGGCUAAGGAAAUUGAAAUAAGAGCAGCUUUUCUUUUCAGAUGCAGAGUCAAUAAUGAUGGCUUGUUAGAAUAGUUCAUUCCAUCACUCUUAAUAGCAGCCAGUUAAGUAAAGCAUUCACAAAAAUUCCAAAUAUCUUUAGUAAAAUCUUAAGCAGAGAAUAGCACUAUGAAUCCCGUUUCAUUAUUGAUUUAUUUGAAUGGCAACAUCAUAGGAUUUCAACCUCAGAAUUAAAAGUUAAAGUGAUGAGUCAAUGCACCGUAGCUUUGGUCAAGCGGUCAAAAGUUAAAUGUAAUAAUUAUUAUUUCAAGUUUUCUGUCUGCCGAUGGUCCCUUGUUGUGAUGUUAAAAAAUAUCUGCUGGAGGACUUGGAGUUCAGGUGUAUUGGAUAAUCCAUAAUUUCUCUAAGAUUUGACACGAUGGGUCAGGGAUGACAUUUUUUGACACGUUCACAAGGUAAUUAAAGUAACUGCCUGCCAUGGCGUUUAUUCGUUGCUUAAAUUUAUGAUGUUUUCACUUUUCUUCCAUCUGCAGACUGCAAGUUUUCGAUGAGGACAGACUAGGUCAUAACAAUUUCAUUGGCGAGGCUUGUGUUGCCCUCAAAGUCUUUCACAGUAAACCGUCCCAGUCUCUUAAAAGGUCUCUCAUCUCCAGAGCUUAUGUGAGUAUUGCAGUUUUUUAGUUCCUAAGAGUUGAGCCUUACACUUGUGCAUACAGAUAGCCCUUUUAAUUUAUCAUAGCUUCUAUUUUUCCAUGUGUCUGUACAGUACGGUAACGUAAAAAAAAUACAUUGGUUUUAUGAGCAAAACAAGAGCAAUGCACGUGCAACACGCUUUUUAGUACAUUUCUUUGACGUCCACUGCAUGACUACAACGUGAAACGUCCUUAUGCGACGUUUUAUGAAGGACGUGAACACACCGACGAAACUUCUUUUCUCUUUUUUAACUUGGGUACAGUCCCUAAGCAUUCAGUUCUAGGAAAAUUCGCCUAAAGUUGACAUAUUUAGGGAGUCUGAAUAAACGCGAUAAAGUUUAAAAGAAUGCAAAGUUAUUUUUUUAGUGACGUUUCUCACUACCGUCGUCGUGUUUUAGAACACUGAUGAUGUCAAAAUAACAUGCGUACAAUAUAUCAUAAUAAAUAAUGUGAUGAGAGAAAAAUAGCCUGUGAAAAAUGAUAUCCCAUGUGAUCUAUUACUGGACAGAUGCACGGCAAAGUGGAAUCUAUUUGUUUUAUACAAUUAAUAGUAAAAGAAAACAACAAACUUGCCUCGUGGCACCCGACUGUCGUCUACAUGUUCCGGUUUUACACUAUUUCCGAGUCACCAAUUUUACUUCUUGUCUGCGGCUGCUUUUUGUGUUUGCUCUCCUGUAAACUGCCUGUCCUCCUUUUUCCAAGGCCCUCACUUGUUCAGAAGAGAGUUGUCUUGUAAACAGUUUCAAAACUGUUGCCAGCUCGUGACGAAAUGACAACUGUUUCGAAGAUUUGUUACAGUUAAAGCAUUUUCAAGUCGCCAAGAACACGCUUCUCUCGCUUUUGUUUUUUUUUUCCAACUUGUAAACAGCUCCUGCUGAAGACUUUUUGAGGUAUUCACUUGCUGAAUCAGAAUUAAGCUCGCAAAUAUUUUCAAAACCGCGCGCCAUGUUGAACAAACAGAGGCAACAAGUUUCCCGUGACGUCAUGUGAGUGUCUGUUCUCUGAUAGAUCAUGGGCAACGACCAAUCACAGCGAGUGCAACAUUCACGAUAUUGCAUAAACUCAAAUAGAUCAUAACCAACGACUGAUCAAAGAGCACGCCUAGCAUUCAGUACCCUGUAUAAAGAAGGAUAGAAAAGACCCGUUUGAAGUUCUGCUGAAGUUUCAAAUGAAUCGUAACAUUUAAGUGUGGUGUCUAAAGACGCGGAAGUCUGAACAAAACUUACUUAGAAAAAGAGACUCGUCUCCCAGAGGCCUCCUCAUCAUUGUCAUACUAAAAGACAAUGGCACGUCCACUCCAGACCCCCCCGCCUUAUGCCCUUAAUACUAAUGAACAGUUGUCUCUAAAGGAAAGGUUGUAAGUCUAAAACUUUUUUUUUCUCCAUACUCUAUGUGCUGUUUGUCACUUUGGAUUAGUUUGAAGAUGGAAGGGUAUGUCCUAUAGUUGUUUUUUUUCUAUGUGUAUCGUGUAUUGAUCUGUUUAUCAUGGCUUUAAGUUUCGUCAUCUUUUUGUCGUGUAGAACUACAUUGUAUCAAACAUUGAUGUACGUUGUUUUACGAAAUCCAUUUUAAUUGUCUUUUCAGUGCUCAGUCCAGGAUGUCCUUUUUGCAAUACACGGUCGUUAAUGACCUUCUUACGCAAAUUAGAUAUCUCAGUGCGUCGUGAACUUUCUCCCAAUUCUGCGUUAACAUUUUAAGAGGAUUUAUGUUUGACAAAGUUUGUCAUAGUAGUUUUUGACUAUUAUACGGCAGAUUCCGCGUUUGUUGCCACCAUUCCUUUUUGCUAGUUCUUGUGGAGACACAUGGCACGUGACAUUUUCAUGCGUUUUGAAAUAAUCACCGCUAAUGUUCAGCAAAUGUUCCCACAACCACGGAACGAACGUCUCUAUCUGGAGAAUUUCAAGAUUGACAGCUGUUUUUCGGCUCUUUGUCUUUGUAGGAAUCUCCGGAACCAAAUCUCGGCCGACUUCAGCUCUCUCUUAAGUACAAAACACAGAAAAAUCAACUUGUUGUUGGUAUAAUUCGGUGUGCAGGACUUGCAGCCAUGGAUUCAAAUGGCUACUCAGAUCCUUACGUCAAAUGGUGAGUAUCGUGUCUCGUCUCCUUGAUAUGUUUCAUUCAAUGAUUAUUAGCUCAGCUACUGUAUCAAGGCAAAGGAGAAGUUGUGUUGUUUCUUGGGUGUAGGCAUAUUGCAAUGUCUACAAUCAAAAAUUGCUUGCUUGAUAGAAAAAAUGCUAGUGCCAAAACGCUGGCUUUUGAUUCUCUUUACGGUGGCCAAUGUUCUGUAUCAACACCAAAUUAUUUAUUUUUUGUUUUACCCCCCACCCCCACCUAUGGAACACAGCAGAUUCUUUAAAAGUUUACCCCCUCCAUUCUGAAGUCACAGAUGAGACUGAUAUAAAGUUACUGAAAAUUCCCAUAACGACUGGGUGAGAAUUAGCCUCCCACGCAGAAGUUCUUAGUGGUUCGUCACGCGUUCCUGCGUGGAGCAGGAAGGCGUGACGAACCACUGAAAACGUCUGGGUGGGAGGCUAGGUCACAAUCAGUUGCUGUGAAAACGAGAUUUGACGUCAUACGUAACUUAUGGUACCUCCUUUCUUUUUUGUUUUCAGUUACUUAAAACCUGAUGUACACAAGAAAUCAAAGAAGAGGACUAGCGUUAAGAAGAAGACACUUAAUCCUGAAUAUAACGAGGUAAGCAUACAAGAUCCUGUCAAAAUUACUUACUCCUGUAGCUGUAUCAGUGUUACUUGGGCUUUUGACUUUAAUGAUGAGCAGUAUCGCACCUCUUUAAAGGUGAUGUUAUACAGGACGAUUCGCAACGACGAUUUUUAGCGCAACGAAGCGUUACAACAUUGUUGUUACAUUGUUUCGAAUGGCUGCAAUAUUGUUCCAACAUUUGAACCCUGUGUUGCGCUAGAAAUCGUCGUCACGAUUCGCCCCGUGUAGCUCAAGUUCCCUACUCGUUUCUAAAGUGGCGAAUUGGAACUUAUUUUUUCAUUGUUUUCCCAACCAUUCCUGUGAGACCUUGAUAAUAGAAGCUUUAAAAAUGGGGAGGUGUUAACUCGCUUUGUUUCGCUGCAUUGUAUCUGGCAACAGGAAUUUGUGUACGAGAUCUCACACCAUGAGUUGGCCAAGAAAAGUUUAGAGUUGACAGUGUGGGAUCAUGAUGUUGGAAAAAGCAAUGACUUUAUCGGUAAGAAUAUGUCAUUACUUACUCCAGAGUCUCAAAUGUACGAUGACUUUGCCACUUUCUUCCAAGUCCCUUAAGCCCUGUGCAAACGGACGCAACAUUGAUGGAUGUUACAUGUUGCGUCCGUUUGCACACCCUGUUGCAUGUAGUUGCGUGUUGUUGGGAGUUGUUUAGCGAAGUUUGAAGCCGGUCAAACUUUUUAAAGGUACGUGUAAACGGACACACAACUCCCAAAAAUGUUGCGUCCGUUUGAACGGGACUUUAAGUUGUGCCCAGGUGAUUGUUAUGAUUUACACUAGCGCGGGGGUCAGGAGACGAGUGAGACUAGCACGGUAAUGCAACAGGCAAGAUUAACAUCGCGCGCUUCGACGCGUCCUCCCACGCUUCUGUAAAAUGAAGGGACGACUUGGGACAAGUCGGCUAAUAGAACCUUGCACGGUUGUUCUGGUAUAUUUUUUCAACUUUUUAUAUUCAUCAACACUGCUGGAAAGAGGGCCUUAAAAUAAGGUAACUGACCAAGUUUAAAGGUGAUACGUCCAAAGAGAGCGAAGCUGUUCCUGCACAAAAGUCGUGAAAUGUUGCAGGAGUUUGUAUGGUGGGAGGCACGAACUUGCCCCCCCACCCCCACUACUAUACAAACGUAUGGAAAAUGCCGCGACUUUGCGCUGCUAUAUCUUCGUUAGUUUUCAGCAAAUCACUUUUAAACUUCGCAACUUUACUGAUAUUAAGGCGUUUUUUCAGCUGUGUUGACGGAUUUUUGCUUACUUUUCCCGGUCAUACCCUGCAAGCAGGGGUUCCUCUCUUGCAUGGCUUUUACGUGACAGACAAGCCACGCGAACGACUUCGUAAACGCUAAAAGCCAUGCAAGAGAGAAACCUCUGCUCGCAUAGACUACGAGUAGUCCCCCAUUUGUUCUCAGGGAUAGUAGAGCGAGCGAAACGCGAGCGCGUGUGAAAAUCGUCUCGCCUUUCUCGCCUGGGGUGAUUUUCACGCGCGUUCGCGUUUCGCUCGCUCUACUAUCCCUGAGGAAAAAUGGGGGACUACUCGUAGUCUACUGCUCGCAGGGUACGCAGUCAAAAGUUGAAAAACACAAAACAUGGAGAGGUCUAAUGUCAUUGACUUAGUUGUUCUUGCGUCUUUACCCUAGAAUAUGGGCAACCUUGACAAAAUACUAGAAACUCACUCAGUAAAUCGUUUUUUGACGGACCUUUUUGUAUGAUGUUUUUGUUCCCUGUUAGGUGGUGUUGCCAUGGAUAUCAAUUCCAGCGGCACCGCUCUGAUGCAUUGGUAUGAUAUGCUUAAAACCCCCAACCAGGUCCACACACAUUGGCACACUUUAGAAAAACUGGCCAAUCACGAGCAAGAAUGAGACGUGCAUUGCGUGAUGUAUACUAAAAUAAUCAUUAGAUUAAAAACAAGUCUCUUUGCAAGUCUACAAGAUGGACAUCGGCAGCCAAAAAUGGAAAAACCGUUAUCCUGCCGAGGAAUGUGAAUAGGAGAAAAUUACAGAUUAUAAUUUAUAGUAUUUAUCUAAGCAGUUGUAUUGGAACGUAAAUGAGGCCCAUGUAGAGUUUUGAAGGUAAAACUAGUGUACUUCUGCAAGGAAAACUAGUGUACUUGUUCAGUGGCGAA